AUGUUAUUUUCUGGUCCAAAACAAAUGGAAUUGGAAGAAACCGUCGGGCGUUUGAUGGAACAAGUCGAGCGAUACGAGAAGAGAUUCGGCCAAGAUCUGACCAGAGUAGAAGCAAGUUCAGAACUGAGAAGACUGAAGUUCACCCUUAUUAAGAUGUGGAAGGACGGUGAGCGUGACUUGGUAAAGACUCAAAUCAUCGAUUACUGUAUUAUGACCGUACUGCAAACUAUGCUAUUGUUUGUUUUUUGGAGACUUUUUGUUUGCAACAGUUAUUUGUUGGCGAUACCUGUAUCAAUUGCGUAUUUCGGAUAUGGUGUUUAUUCGACGCUUCAAACAAGUAAACAAAAAUAUGCUGAGCUGGAAGAGACUGAAAAUGCGUUCGAGUGGAUCAGCAAUUUCGAUACAGAUGAUGUGGUGACUGAUGUUUUUGAUACUAACAAUAAUGAUAACAAUGAAUCGUCAAUUUUAAAUUUGAAAGAAAGUCGAGAAGAGCUGUUAGAGUUUUAUAUGGAUGAUGUUGCCCCACUAAACUAUCAACAUAACACCGUGGCGAAUUCCAAUGACUUUUGGCUGACAGAAUUUUGA